AUGGGUCACAAUGUUAGGAAGUUGUGGCGUGAUAUUUCUGCUGCCAUCAAGACUGUUUACUUACAGAAGGAGGCGGCCAUCAUUUCCGCUACAAAUAUGUACUCUUCUUCAAGAAAUUUCUUUGAAUUGGUUCGAUUUGACUUUGUCCUAGAUGAGGAUUUAAAUGUGCACCUUAUGGAGGUGAACAUGUCUCCUAACCUGUCCUCAGGUCACUUCCCACGAAAUGCCGAGAUGUAUGAAAAAGUAAUGUUCAAUUUGCUGAGUGUUGUCUUAGUCACUAGGCCAGUCAAAAAUGACUUCUUUAAAAGUUCAGAGGAUGAAGCCAAUAUGAGAGUCUCUGACAAGGACAUUUCUGUGUUCCCUGAGUGGUGUCUCAGUAAAUCAUGUCUACACAGCUGUAGGGAAGAGGGAAGUUAGUUUUAUACUCUGUGUU